AUGGCGGUUCGGUAUACAAACUGCUUUCAACUGCCAAAAGUCCGUUCAAAUUACGGUCUUGUUAGCUCCUCCAGUGGGAUCUGUACUCGCUUCAAUCCUGUAUAUGCUUGUGUUGGAGCGUCCAACCCAGCUUCACAUUUAGAAGCCAAGGUUGAUCACUUUUUGAAUAGUGUCAAAUGGGAUGACAAAGGUUUGGCAGUGGCGAUUGCUCAAAAUGUGGACACAGGAGCUGUUUUAAUGCAAGGGUUUGCUAAUAGAGAAGCCCUUUUGAGGACAUUUUCCUCCAGGAAGGCAACAUUUUAUAGCCGGUCUAGGUCAACUUUGUGGACAAAAGGAGAGACCUCGAUGAAUUUCAUCAAUGUGUGUGAUAUCUUUAUUGAUUGUGACCAUGAUUCUAUAAUAUAUCUUGGGAAGCCUGAUGGCCCAACUUGUCACACUGGAGCCGAGACUUGCUAUUAUACAUCAGUUGAUGAAGUUCUAAAUGACUCACAGGUUGAUGGGAAUAAACUUGCUUCAACAACUUUGUACUCAUUAGAGUCAACUAUAUCAAAAAGAAAAGACGAAUUGUCUGGAGACACAGAUGGAAAGUCAUCCUGGACUAAACGUUUGUUGCUUGAUGAGAAGUUACUGUGCUCAAAAAUCAGAGAGGAGGCAGAUGAGUUGUGCCGGACACUAGAGGAAAAUGAGGAUAAAUCGAGGACUGCCUCGGAAAUGGCUGAUGUGCUCUAUCACGCCAUGGUUUUAUUGAACCUCAAAGGGGUCAAAGUUGAAGAUGUUCUUCAAGUUCUUCGAUUAAGAUUCUCGCAAUCUGGCAUCCAAGAAAAGAGCAGCCGAAAAUCAAAGUGA